AUGGCCCGCUGGGCUCCCUCUGCGACCCGCGGCAGCGGCACACUCGACCGUGUCGAGGCGCCUGUUACGCUGCGCGGCUAUCUACUCUGCGUCUUUGCCGCCUUUGGUGGCAUCUUGUUUGGCUAUGACUCGGGCUACAUCAAUGGCGUCUUGGCCAUGAACUACUUCAAGCAGGAGUUUGGAGGUCCUUCAACUGACCCCGACGCCUACAAUGGUCGUCUGUACAAGACCUGGGAGCAAUCUUUGAUUGUCUCAAUUCUUUCAGCUGGCACAUUCUUCGGCGCGCUCUUUGCAGGCUCUCUCGCCGACUGGAUUGGCCGCCGCUCCACUAUCAUCACCGGCUGUGGCAUCUUCUCCAUCGGUGUCAUCCUCCAGGUUGUGUCCACCACGGUCGCUCUGCUCGUCCCCGGCCGACUGAUUGCGGGCAUUGGUAUCGGCUUCGUCAGCGCCGUCAUCAUCCUGUACAUGUCUGAGGUCGCGCCCAAGGCUGUCCGUGGUGCUAUCGUCUCCGGCUAUCAGUUCUGCAUCACUAUUGGGCUUCUCUUGGCUUCCGUCGUCGACAAUGCGACAAAGGAUCGCAUGGACUCGGGCUCGUACCGUAUCGCCAUGGGCAUGCAGUGGCUAUUUGCCAUCAUCCUCGGUACCGGUCUGUUCUUCCUCCCAGAGUCGCCUCGCUGGUACGUCAAGCGUAAUCGCCCCGAGGACGCUGCACGUGCCUUGAGCAGCCUCCGCGGUCAGCCUGCCGACUCGCAGUAUGUAAAAGACGAGCUGAACGAGCUGGUUGCCAACUACAACUACGAGAUGAAGCACAUGCAAGCUGGCUGGAUUGACUGUUUCCGUGGUGGAUGGAAACCAUCUGGUAACCUCCGCCGCGUUCUGCUCGGUAUGGCGCUUCAGAUGAUGCAGCAGUGGACUGGUGUCAACUUCAUUUUCUACUACGGCUCCACCUUCUUCAAGUCUGUCGGUCUGCAGAACGCAUUCGUCAUCUCCAUGAUCACGACAGCCGUCAACGUCGGAUCCACGCCCAUCUCCUUCUGGACCAUUGAGAAGUUCGGCCGCCGCAUGCUCCUCAUCUACGGCGCUAUCGGUAUGCUUGUCUGCGAGUUCAUCAUCGCCAUCGUCGGCACCGUCGACGAAGGAAGCAAGGCGGCAAACACGUGCCUCAUCGUCUUCACGUGCAUCUACAUCUUCUUCUUCGCCUCGACCUGGGGUCCUGCCGCAUGGGUCGUCAUUGGCGAGAUCUUCCCGCUGCCCAUCCGCGCCAAGGGCGUCGCGCUCUCCACCGCCUCCAACUGGCUCUGGAACUUUGUCAUCGGCUUCAUUACGCCCUACAUGGUCAACAAGGAGUACGGCAAUCUCAAGACGAAGGUCUUCUUUGUCUGGGGCGCGACGUGCACGGCAUGCGUCUUCUUUGCGUACUUCCUCGUUCCCGAGACGAAGGGUCUGUCGCUCGAGCAGGUCGACCGUAUGCUGGAAGAGACUACACCCCGCAACUCGUCCAAGUGGGUUCCGCACUCGACAUAUGCUGACUCGGCUGAUGUCUCGUCGCUUGAGACUACGGAGAAGACUGGCCACCUGACGGGCCGGGAAUUCCGCGAGCAUGGCGGCGUCUAG